AUGGAUCGAAAACAACGCAAAGACGCUUGGGUCGCUACCCUGACCGAGGUGAUGCCAUUGACGGCCCUCGAUUACACAGCGCCCCAAAACUACAUGAUGCAGGCUUUUGGCUUCCCCUUCGCAAAGAAAUCAUACAGCGACACAAAGGCUGCUGUGGAAUAUCUCAAGGCUCGGCUCGCUCGGACUUUCUCACUGAUACCGGGCUUCGGAGGCCAGAUGAUCCAUGCCCUGGAUGGUGAGCUGCCGAGUCUUGUCUACUCUGCAAAGGAGCGAGACUCCAACCUCGACCACUUCCCCGACGAGGUGUUCGGUUUCCAAGUCCUCGACGCGACGCAAUACCCCUGGACCUUCGACGAUCUCUCAAACCUCGGCGCCCAGCACCAGGCGACGCCUGCCACCCAGCCACCCUCCGCGUCUCCUUCAUCCACGGCGGCCUGA